UCUCUCCAGAGAUGCUGCCUGACCUGCUGAGUUACUCCAGCAUUUUGUGUCUACAACAUUCUACUGAUCACAUUAUGGCAGAAAUUCUGGCAUAGAAGGUUUAUGCUGUUAGGCUGGUGAGUCCAAAAUUGUUAACUCUUAUUCACCAAUUUACCAAAUAAUAAUCCCAAAGCUAAGCGGAAAGCAAAAUGAUCAUCAAAAUUCAUCCUCAUUUACGUUUAAUAGUUUAAUUUUCUUCUAAGUUUGCUUAAUAGUUCUAUCAACCAUUGGAUGCAGAGUAUCGAGACUGCAGAUGCUGGAAUUCCAAGACAAAGCCAGAAAAUGCUGGAAAUAAUCUGUAGGGCAGACAACAUCUGUGGGGGGAGAAAAGCAGACUGACUGAGUAUUUAUAGCAUUUUAUGUUUUCACUGCAAAGUGCAGGUCGACGAGUGUGUGUAAUGCUGUUGGGCAACAUGUCACCUACAUUUCAUGAUGUUAUUGGUCUAAUUCCUGCAUUAGGUGUUUCAGCUCAGUUAAGUAGCACUCGACUUCGUCGCAACACAUCUGUUGGAACCCCUUUCUGGAUGGCCCCAGAAGUAAUAGCUUGUGAGCAGCAGUUGGAUUCCAGUUACGAUAUACGAUGCGAUGUCUGGUCGUUGGGUAUCACAGCCAUUGAGCUCGGGGAUGGUAGCCCGCCACUGACUGAUCUACAUCCAAUGAGGGCUCUGUUCAAAAUUCCAAGGAAUCCACCCCCGAAGCUGCAUCAACCAGAGCUAUGGACAGAAACCUUUAACGAUUUUAUUACUCAAUGCCUCAUUAAGGACUUUGAACUUCGUCCAACUGUGACUGAGCUCCUGGAACAUCCAUUCAUCAGACAGAUUCAAGGGAAGGAGAAAGCCUUGCAGAAACAGUUAAUGGAACUCAUAGACAUUCACCAGCAAAUGGGCACCAUUGAAAAAACAAGGCAUGAACGUAUUCAUACAAAGAAGGACCAAUACUUGACGGAUAGCACUAUGUCAAAUCUGGAUAACAUCGAUGAUCUGGCAACAUUUGAAGCGCUAGAUGAAAACACAGUGACUGAACAGUUGCAAAAGCGUUACAGCAUGAAGCAGAUAUAUACGUACGUUGGAGACAUCCUUAUCGCUGUUAAUCCUUUCCAAAAACUGGAUAUCUAUUCCUCCGAGCAUUCGAGGCUGUACAGAGGGGCAAAGCGGACAGCCAAUCCACCCCACAUCUUUGCUGUGGCAGACAUUGCCUACCAGGCCAUGAUCACUUACCAUUCAGAUCAGUGCAUUGUGAUCAGUGGAGAAAGUGGUGCGGGAAAGACCGAAAGUACACACUUUUUAGUCGAGCAACUCACUGCCCUUGGAAAGACCAAUAAUAGGGUGCUGCAGGAGAAGAUUCUCGAGGUAAAUAACCUGCUAGAAGCAUUUGGAAAUGCCUGCACAGUAAUCAACAACAACUCCAGCAGGUUUGGCAAGUACUUGGAACUGAGGUUUACCAGUGGAGGGACUGUCAUGGGAGCUCAGAUCUCAGAGUACCUGCUCGAGAAGUCAAGAGUCAUCCACCAAGCUCCGGGUGAGAAAAACUUCCAUAUUUUCUACUAUAUCUAUGCUGGCCUGGCGCAGAGAAGCAAACUAGAUCAUUAUAAGUUAUCCAAGGGUCAUCCUCCAAGAUAUCUACAAGAUGAAAAGAUAACAAUGAUGGAAGAGAUAGUAAACAACUUUUUCUACAAAGCCCAGUUUGAAGCACUUGAACAAUGCUUCAAAGUUAUUGGUUUUUCUGUAGAGGAACUGGGGAACAUAUACAGUAUUCUGGCAGCCAUCUUGAACAUUGGUAACAUCGAGUUUACCUCAGUUGUGACGGAACACCAAACUGACAAAAGCAACAUUGUUAAUUUUGGGGUUCUGGAAAACACUUCUUCAUUGCUGAGUAUACAAACAGACGAGCUACAGGAAGCUCUCACCUCUCAUUGUGUAGUGGCUCGAGGAGAAACAAUUGUACGUCCCAACACGGUCGAGAAAGCAACCGAUGUCAGAGAUGCGACAGCCAAGGCUUUGUAUGGCCGUCUCUUCAGCUGGAUAGUCAACCGCAUCAAUACCUUACUAAAGCCAGAGACAUUUCUGAGUGAUGCUGAAAAUAACGUGGACAUAGGAACAGAUAUUGGGAUUCUUGAUAUAUUUGGCUUUGAGAACUUUAAGAGAAAUUCUUUUGAACAAUUAUGCAUUAACAUUGCCAAUGAACAAAUUCAGUUCUACUUCAAUCAACACAUCUUCGCCUGGGAACAGAAUGAAUAUCUGAAUGAAGGUGUGGAUGCUCGAUUAGUUGAGUAUGAAGACAACCAGCCACUACUGGAUAUGUUUCUGCAGAAGCCCAUGGGUCUUCUCGCACUACUGGAUGAAGAAAGUCGAUUUCCCCAAGCCACUGACCAGACACUUGUAGGGAAAUUUGAAGACAAUCUCAAAUCAAGUUACUUCUGGAGACCAAAGAGGGUUGACUUAAGCUUUGGAAUUAAUCAUUAUGCAGGAAAGGUUCUUUACAAUGCCAGUGGCUUCCUGGCGAAAAAUCGAGACACUUUGCCAGCAGAUAUUGUCCUGCUUUUGAAGUCAUCUGACAAUAAAAUUACUCGGCAGGUUAUAACACAUGCUCUGACAAAAUCAGGAAAUCUCACUCGCUCUAAGAGCAAAGGUGCAACAGUCCCCCGAGUUCGAACUCCUCAGCGUUCCAUGAAUCAUUCAAAGGUGGAUGACUCUCUAUUUCACAGCUAUUAUUGCCUUUGUGAGACAUGCCACCAGGAAAAGCGACAGCUCUUAGAUCCAUUCAAGAAGUCUGCACCUCACAUCGAAUUGCGUAACUCAUUACGCCUGUCACAGACGCAGGGAGACAGUGGAGAUUCUGGACAUACUCCCAGAGAAGCCACCAACAUGAAAACACAAACUGUUGCUUCUUAUUUCAGGUAUUCGCUCAUGGAUCUCCUCUCCAAGAUGGUGGGUGGGUUGCCUCAUUUUGUGCGUUGCAUAAAACCGAAUAAUGAUCGUCAGGCCAGUAAGUUCGAUCAAGAAAAGGUGUUGGUGCAGCUUCGUUACACGGGAGUUCUGGAGACAGCCCGGAUCCGCAGACAGGGAUAUUCACACCGCAUUCUCUUCACAAAUUUUAUUGAGAGAUACUACUUUCUUGCCUUCAAGUCAAUUGACGAACCUGCAGUGAAUCCUGAGGCAUGCAUUGCCAUUUUGAAAAAAGUUAAAUUCGACAACUGGGUUAUCGGGAAGACCAAAGUGUUUCUUAAAUAUUACCACGUGGAACAGCUAAAUCUCAUGGUAAAAGAACUGCUGGAUCGAAUAAUUGUGAUGCAGGCCUAUGUGAAAGGGUGGCUUGGAGCUAAAAGGUACAGAAGAUUGCAGGAGAAGAGGCAGCAGAGUGCAGUUGCCAUUCAGUCUGCUUAUAGAGGCCACAAAGUGAGGAAGGGUAUGGUAGAUGGAAAACACAAACUAGAGGGAACGAUCAUUAGAUUUCAGGCUGUUGCAAGAGGAUACUUGAGCAUGAAAGUUUAUAGAAAAAUGCUGGAAGAGAAGCACCAUGCUGCAGUUAAAAUCCAGGCUCACUACAGAGGCUUCAAAGACAGAAAGGCUUUGAAUGAGCCAAUUGUCCAUGAGGCGAAGAAUCCGUAUGGGGAACAGAAGGACGGUUCCGACGUGAAUGGAAAAGGGGUGCAAGGAGCAAGAACAGACUCAGCAAGAGGAACCCCAGGGAAAGUGGGGAGAGGUGAAACUAAAAGUGACAUUCGCAGUGACAGCCAAAAAUCCAGGGCGAGCCACAAAAGUGUGGGCAGGGCAGCAUCAAGCGGGGCCGCACGUGCACCCAAUGCAGGGGACGAUGAGGACAACGCCGCAAAGGUUAUUCAGAGCAACUAUCGUGGGCACCGAGAGAGAAAACGUCUGGAGGAUGAGGGAAAGCUCCCUGGUCGAGGAAAACACAGUAGUAACACCCCAGAGGAAGAAGCCCACACUGUGAACAUGGAGGCUAAUGAACUACAGGGGAACGAGAAGGACGAACAGCAAGCAGCUGUGAAAAUUCAAAGUAAUUACAGAGGAUUUAAGGAAAGAAAACAAAUUCAAGACUGUGUUGAAAGGGAAGGAGAAAUGUUUACAACUUUUUCAAAGCAGAUAACAAAACGUUCCAGUGACUUCCUGCUUGCCCAGAAGAAGCUUAAUGAUGUCUUUGCCUCACACUAUCUGACGUCUAAGAGCCAAGAUCUACAAGCUGUGAAUAAGCAAUCGAAAGGGAGUCCAUCAUCAGUGCAGCUUCAGCCAGCUCCCAACAAAGUGUGCGACAAGAAACAUCAAAGACCCCCCAGACGGUCCCAACCACCGAAGACUGUAAAUACACCUGAAGACAGCACUUACUACAACAUCAUUCAUAGAUCAGUGCAGGAUGGGAAGAGAAGACCCAGGAAAGACAGCCAAGUUAAGUUGCUGGAUGAAGAUGAUCGUUACUACGGAGAAAUAACACCCGCCGAUUCCACAUCAAAGGAUAAAACUAAAGCGACAGGAAGAAAUCCAUCGAAAGAGCCCAGAUCCACAAAUCCCACUCACUCCAACAGAACAUCAGUUCCACGACAGGAAAUUCAAGAUGAAGACAAUCCAUAUGACUAUAGAAAACUGCUUCGUAAAACGUCCCAAAGGAAUCGACUUAUUGAGCCGUGUUAGUUUAUGAUCUUGAAAUCCAUUGCCUUAAAAUAGAUUUCUAGUACCAUCACAUGAGUUAACCAAUGUACACAGGUUCAAACUGAGCAGUAUUAGAAAAAAAUGCAUUGGUUUCUUAAGCGUAUUCAGGAGACAGGUGUUAAAAUAUUUUGCAUUUAAAAUGUAUGUUGGAUCUUUUGAAGGUCGCAAUGAAUGUUCUUUGUUAAAAUAUAAAGCCAAAUAUUGACAUGUAUUGAUCUUAUAAAAUAGGUAGCAAAUUAUGUCAGCUGACUCAUGUUACAACGAUACAAAUAUGAAAUAUCAAAGGAGAGAAGAAAUAAAUUUCAAAUUUAUAACAAA